CGUUAGACGGUUGUCGGUUGGAAAAAACGCCAGCUUCAAGCGCAGCUGGCAACAGCCGGCGUAAACAGCCACAGUGAGGCAGCCGAAAUUUCAAAAAUAAAAGCGAGGAAAACCUCGAAAAGUUAUACAAUAACCAAGCAGCACUUGCUAGAAAAAAACAACAACAAAGACGGCAAUUGUAGCGUUUAACGACGAGUGAUUAAAGCAACAAAUUCGAAAGUGGUGUUGAAAUGGGCAGGAGCAGCAACAACAACAACAGCAGCAGAAUAGCAGAAGCAGCAGCAGUUGGUGAUUGCAUUUUUAGCAGCGGCGAAGGCAGCUACAAAAACAACAAAAGCGACAACAAACACUACAACAACGAUAAUAAUAAUAAGGACACCAGCAGCAAUUGCAUGCCAACGCAAGCAGCCAAGUAUAUAGUACAAAUAAAUUCCGUUGAUAAAGCAGCAAUUGUUGUUGUUGAUAAUUCGGAGCAUAAACAACAAAGAGAGCGCCAGCAACAAAGGCGGAGCAAGGUGGCAAGGAAAAUCGACGAAAACAAAGUGUUGAUAAUUAAUAGCGCACAGACACAACAACAACAAAAGCAACAGCAACAACACGAGCAACAACAUAAACGAGUGCAACUGCAUACAAGCGCUGCCGUCAACGCCAACAGCAGCUGCUGCCACAUCAACUUUGACAUUCUCAUAAGCAAAAUAAGCACCAACAUAAUUGCCUUGGACGUGUUGCUCGGGGCACAUACUGCGAGUAUAUGCAACAUUGCUGAAAUGGUAGCCGCGUGGCGUGUCCGGAAUAGCAAUCGUCGCCGCAGCGGCAUUAACAAGCGUGCGAGCAACAGUUUAAACAACAACAACAACAACGGUGGCAGCAACAACUCCAACAACGCUCCGAGCAUUUCCUACACGGCGCCAAUGAUUGAGAGUAACAACAGCUACAACAACAACAACAAUAACGGCACCACAAAUAAUAAUAACGAUAACUUUGGCAGUCAAACUGGACGUGCCAUUAUGUCCGUUGCAACAACAAUAGCCUCAACCUCCGCUUCCAUGGCGCUGGCGAAUAUACCCAACAAUCUGUUGCCGCCCGCCGGCAAUGUUGACGGCUUUGACAACAACAGCACAAACAAUAACUGGUCAGUCGAUGGCGUUAGUUGGCCGACGUUGAAUCAAUCAGCGACUGACAAAGUCGAUUUAAUUGAAAUGGAUUUGGCAAAUGAAACGCUGAGUUCUGCUUAUCCUGCGCUAAGACGUUACCAUGGCGACUAUGAUGUCUCGUAUAUAGAGAGAAUAAAUCCAUUUUGGUUGCAAUUCGAACCGCCAAGUACCCGCACCUACUACAUUAUGGCCAUAAUCUAUAUCAUCAUAUCAAGCAUCGGUUGCCUUGGCAAUUCACUGGUCAUAUUUAUGUUUGUACGCUGCAAAUCAUUACGCACACCGGCCAACACAUUGGUCAUCAAUUUGGCUGUGAGUGAUCUUCUCAUGUUAAUGAAAUGUCCCAUUGCGAUCUUUAAUAAUUUUAAGCAGGGUCCAGCACUUGGUGAUAUUGGUUGUCGCAUUUACGGCUUCGUUGGCGGUCUCAGUGGCACCGCAUCAAUAGGGACUCUAACUGCCAUAGCACUCGAUCGGUACAAUGUAGUCGUACAUCCGCUCGACCCGCUGCGCAAGACGGCCAAAGUGCGUUCCGCGUAUAUAAUCACAAUAAUUUGGAUUUACAGUUUUGCCUUCUCCAUUGUGCCAGCGCUAGAUAUUGGCCUAUCUGUGUAUGUGCCGGAAGGUUUCCUCACCACUUGUAGUUUUGAUUAUCUGGACAAAGGUGUGGGACCGCGCAUAUUUAUGUUCUCAUUCUUUGUAGCCGCUUGGUGUGUGCCAUUCGGCAUCAUUUGUUUCUCAUACUUCUACAUACUGAAAGUGGUGUUCGCCGCCAAUCGUAUACAAUCCAGCAAAGACAAAAAUAAGACUGAACAAAAAUUGGCGCUUAUAGUGGUGGGCAUAAUCGGUUUGUGGUUUCUAGCCUGGACACCGUACUCCAUCGUUGCUAUGAUGGGCGUUUUUGGCAAGCAAAAAUAUCUAACCCCACUGGGUUCCAUGAUACCGGCACUCUUCUGCAAGACUGCCGCCUGCAUUGAUCCGUACUUCUAUGCGGCGACACAUCCGCGGUUUCGCAUGGAAUUCCGACGUCUGUGGCUGGGACGUGGCCACUUGCGACGCAGCUCGACGACGCGCUCCUCAUAUCUGACACGUUCGUCAACGCGCCGUUUACGAGUUAUCAGCGAUGUGGACGUGCGAAAUCGCAGCAUUGAAAAUGCGAAAAAGCAAAAUAAUUUGCAGGCUCUGCAGGAAGUGACAGAGGAGAACGAUGAGGAUUAUGACUUUUCAAUACCGGGAAAUUUUAGUGACGGCAUAGAGCAAAGCCGUUUUUAAUAGAAGGUGGCACAUAUUUUUAAAUGUAAAUAGGUCAGUUGUUAUAGUCGCAGAAUAAUACUGUUAUACACAGAAAAACCCGUUAGUUUAUUAAGUAUAUGAAUACUCGUAUGUAGCUAUAUGUAUGUUGGAAGGUGUGUAGGUAAAAUGUGAUUUAUGAACGCGCAGUUUACGUAUGUAUGCAUUCUUAGCCUCAGAUAAUAAACUAGUUUAAAUAGAAGUAAGGUACACUGAGCUGGUACUCUGUAACCACGGUUUACGUUAGGCUAAAGAACUACAGAACCACCUGAGUAUAUGCUAUAUAAACGUAUGUUGUAUAAGAAUCUGUUGGUUCUUGUAGAAAAUUCUAUGGAUAAAUUAGAAAAUCUCAGUUAAAUCAUUCAUGGAAUUUAUUUGGAUAUAAGGAACGUAUUUUUAAGAGAUUUUCAGGCUAAAUUAGGGAAAUAGUAGCGCUAUUAAAUUUAAUUCAUACUUACCAUAAUGAACGAUGAAGCUCUCGUAAUUAUUAAAGACAGAUGAGACUAUUAGGUUAGUAGACGUCAUAAAAAGUCCUCAUAAAUAAGUUUGACAACAGUGUGAUUGAUGAUCAAUGAACAUAAUUUAUCAUUCAGUCCUAUACUCGUAUUAGUUUAAGUAUAAAAAUACUUAGAUAUAGAAAGCCUCCAGUCGUUGCGUAAGGUGUUACCAUAUUACAUAUUAGAAGAUUUGUUUUGAUGUGUCUAGGCAAUAUAAUUAUUUUCAUGAUCUAUGUUACAAACAAGAUGACAACAAGAUACAAAGUCAAAAUAAAUAGGAUUGCUUCAUCCACUCAAUGGAAAAGACUAUAGGAAGAUGAUCGGAAUACUAACCGGUCUGAUGGCGACACACGCCUGCAGAAUGGGCUGACAGAUCUAGAAGACUGCUGGGAAUGUCUAAAGCAAGAUAUUGGGGAAACAAUAGAGCAUCUCUACUUCACUUCUGUGCACUUGUCCCGUAUUGGCAAAACUACACUUUAAUCAUAUAGGAUCCCACGGUAUGAAACACUGGAGGAUGUAUCGAUAGUAAGGCCACAGAGUCAGAAGAAAUUCUAUUCAGGUGAAGGCAUUCUU